UACCCUCGUCCUUACCACAUUUCCACGUUCCCCAUCCUAUCUUUAACUUUCUCAGAAACUUCUGAACUUUUGUGUCCUCUCUCUCUCUCUCUCUCUCCAUUGGGUUUCUUGAGGCAUUUCAAUGUCCAUUUCUGAAGGCUCUUCUCCAGCUUCAAUAUCCCAGAGGGAAAACUCCCCCACAGCCAGUCCGAGUAUUCAAAUGGUUUCGAAGUCAGUAUCUGAGAGGCUGCUAGGGAAGUUCUUUGAUGCAUCCCAAUAUGACUUUGAUUAUGAGCAGAGUGGUUUGUGGUCUCCUCCAAUACAGCGUAGGGUGUUUUUGGACACACCAGGGAGCAUAUGUUCCGAAGAUGUGAUAUUCUCAAAACUAAAGAAUGCAAAGAAGGCAUGGAGGAGACGCAUAUUUUGUUUCAAUUUUGGCUUUUGGUGCUCUUGAAGAUUAUCUUGGUGCCACACCCUCACAAUGAUUACUUCGACAAAGCCAUGUUUUGUCUCUAUGUGUAGCGUAAAGGGCAAGAGAGACGCAUCCAGCAUCUACAAGUCGAUCUUGUUGCCCCCAAGAAAUAAAAAGGGGAAAAAAUUAGAAAUUACCUAGUCAAAAUUCUAAAAGUUUCAAAUCAAAAUAUAUAGAUCACCUCUGUAUGUGUGUGAUAUCUGCAGCUGCGUACGUAGGUACAUGCAUGCAUGUAUUAGUUUUUUUUUUUGGGUGGCUUUUAUGUACUCAAAGAUGUGUUGUGCUCUCAUUACGAUAUAUUAAUCUACUUACUUGAAUCUUGUGUUA